CCUGGCACUGCGUGACCACUGCUGCCUCCCUCCAGGACUUCUUUCUCUCAAUCAGGAAGUUUUGCACUCGCAAGAAGGGGCUCGUCUUUGUCUUGGGCUUGCUGUUGCUUAUGGCUUCGCUGGCUUAUGGUGCUUGGUAUUUCUACCCCUAUGGACUACAGACCUUACCCCCUGCUGUGCUCUCCUGGUGGGCAGCCAAGGGCAGCAGCAGGACAGAGGACCGUUGGGAAUCAGGACAGUCCCCCUCAUAUUUCCAGGAGCUGGAAAGCGGGGUGGUGCACAAGACAUCUGAGUGGCACAGUUCUUCCCAAGAAGGCUUUGUGGAAAAAAGGCCAAAGCAGAUGGGUUCCCUAGAGGCCCAGCUGGUUGGCCUGAGGCAGGAGCUAGUGGCCUUGAGCCAGAGCCAGGCUGAGGUGGAGAAAGAAUUACACCUUGGGCCAGAGAAGAUGGUGGCCCUGCGCAAUGAGGUGGAGUCUAAUGUCCCUGGCUGGAUUCAGCAGGUCUUUCAUUUGAAGCUAGGGGAGGUGCAGGCCCAGCUUUGUGACCUAGAGCACCGAAUCCUGAGGUAUGUGACGGAGGAGCAGGAUAAGAGUGUGAGCAAAGCUGCUGCCAUCUUGAGGCUGAGCCUUGUGAAGGAAGGAGUGACCAGAGGGGUGACAAAGGAGGAAGUACACCAGAUCGUAGAGCAGGCACUGAAAAAGUACAGUGCAGAUCGCAUCGGGCUGGUGGAUUAUGCCCUAGAAUCUUCAGGGGCCAGCAUCGUCAGCAGCCGCUCGUCACAGACUUAUGGCAUGAGGACGGAGUGGUCUGGCCAUUUCACUCUUUUUGGCAUCCCCUUGUGGCGUUAUUUCCAGUCCCCAAGACUCAUCCUCCAGCCAGACGUCUACCCUGGCAACUGCUGGGCAUUCAGGGGCCACCAGGGCUUCGUCGUGGUGCGCUUGUCUGCCCGCAUCCAGCUCACUGCCAUCACCUUGGAGCACGUGCUAAAAGCUCUGUCCCCAACCGCUGACAUCCCCAGUGCCCCAAAGGACUUUGUCAUCUUGGGGCUAAAUGAAGAUUCUCAGGCAGACGGGGUGGCCCUCGGGCAGUUCACCUACGAUAAUGCUGGGGAGGCCAUUCAGACCUUCCACUUGGAGGGCAACGACACAGCCCUAUACCAGCUGGUAGAGCUGCGAAUCCUCAGCAACUGGGGUCACCCUGACUAUACGUGCAUUUACCGCUUCAGGGUCCAUGGGAAGCCUGCCACUUAGCCCCGCCCCAGCCUGCUGCCUUCACCCCUUCCUCCCUCAGCCGCCACAAAGCAGCUCUCUCACCUCCUCCUCCCUGCCCCCGCUUAAUCUCUUCUGCCCACUGUGCCUUCCGGGACAGAGACAAAACCUCCGUGGAGCCCUCUUGCCCUACCAGGCCCACUUAGAGAUGGAGAAGACAACCGUCUGGGCCUUUGCUUCUCACAAGGCCAACAACCUGGAUUUGGGGGAAGUUUUAACCCAACAUCAUCUGCAGUGGCAUUUAGAAACAGCUAGUCACCGUGGGUUGUAGCCAUAGCUAGUUGGCCCCUUGUACCCACUGGGGUUUCAUUUCCACUGCAGGAGAGGGUUUCUAGUGUGUGGAGAGGCAGUAUUGUUAGAUAGAACAUUAGUCGUGGGUUAGAUAAAGCUGACAAAGAAGGGGGCUCAGAGUGCAGCCAGGGGCCAAGGGGAGAGCGCCUUCCCUUCUAUACUGCUACCAGGUUUCUCCUGCCUUCCUCGGCAGCCCAGAGACUCUACAUUUCCACUUUAGCCAUGCCUUCUUCCACCUCCUGACCUGAAGCUCAGUCACUGUGGUCUCUCCUUUGGGAACAUCAGCUCCAGUGCUUAUGGCUAUGGUGGGGAGGAGACUGGCCAGGAGCCUGAGGAGAAGGGUCCUCGCCUGGCCUCUUGUAGGGUAGGCAUUGAGUCAAAGCUGCCCUUUAUCCCUGAGCUGCACCUCACAUGGCCCAAGUGCCUCUACAGGGAAACAGGGCAUUGGAGGCUCAUGAGGCUCUUACUCUGAUCUCUGUGUCUAGUUCCUUUGAGCUUGGUUAGCAUAUGAGCAGGUAUUAAG